UUGUUUCAGGCCACAAGAACUUUACAACAACGGAAUUCCAAAUUAGACAUAACGAAAGUUGAACGCAUUGAAGUGGCAGAUGAUAACAACAGACAACAACAAAGUAGCUUUCGUGAUGUUGUAAAAACAACAAUGUUGUUACGUACCUGGAUGAUGCCAGCACAUGGCCCAGGCGACCGUCGAACAGAUUUAACAUCUGAAGUAUUCGAACCUCCAGCUGCAACAACAGAACAGAAUAAUGUGAUAGAAGAAGAAGUUGAACGGCUAUCGGGCUGUCAAUUCAUUAAGGAAAUGAUUAUACGAGCUGUGAUGAGAAUCAAGUAUUUCUAUAUAGAUCCAAAUGCUGCUUUUUACUAUUAUUGGUCUUGUAUAGUAGCAAUAGAAGAGGAUACUACAGCUUUUGGUUUUUCUUACUAUAAAGUUUUCGAUCCGCGGUUACCAUCGUGUGAUAUCACUGAACUAGGAUGCCUCAUGGUAGAAGUUCCCAAGACGGAAGAUUUGGAUGACGAGCGACCACUUUAUAAGGAAAAGCUCUAUGAAUACUGGAAAGACAGGUCAUAUACAUAUACUAUGGGUAAUUUUUCUAGAGAAUAUAGUAUGACUAUGUACUGGUCAGCUUUAACCAUCACCACAUGUGGACAACAGCCGUAUCCAUCAAACUCUGGCCAAAACAUGUUAGAAGUUGCUGAUACAAUGAUUGGUGUUUUAGUGUUUGCUACAAUUAUUGGUAGUGUCGGUAGUGUGGUUACAGAAAUGAAUCAGAGUGUGUAUGACUUCCGACAGAAGAUGGAUGGCAUCAAAUUCUAUAUGAAAUACAGAGCUGUUAAUGUGAACAUCCAAGAACGAGUUCUAAACUGCUUUAUGUAUAUGAAUCAGCGAAAUCAGUUGACUGAUGAAGCUGAAUUACUCGAAGUACUUCCGCCCAGGUUACAGGGUCAGUUAGCUGUUAAUUUGCAUAUGGAAACGAUAAGAGGAGUUUCUUUGUUUAGGAAUUGUGAAGCCGGAUUUCUCUAUGAAAUUGUAAUGAAAAUCAAACAACAAAUAUAUAAUCCAAACGAUUACCUAUGCAGAACGGGAGAAAAAGCCAAAGAAAUGUAUAUAGUUAAGAGAGGCAUAUUGAAUGUUAUAGAUGAUUCUACCAGAAAUACAAUCGACACUUUAACAGAUGGAGCAACGUUUGGAGAAAUGUCCAUGAUUCGUCUGAAAGGAUGUUCAUAUGGUGAAUAUCGAGAUUGCUCAUUACGAUCUGAAGGAUACUCAGAUGUUUACAUUUUGAAUCAAGACGACGUGGCUGCUGUUCUUCAGGAUUAUCCAACAGCACGUGAUGUAAUCAUACGAAAUGCUUCUGAAUGGUUAGAAUCUCAGGAUUUACUAACGGACAGUGGCGGAGAUAUCGAUGAAACAUUUAAUAUAUUGUCGGUCGACGAACAAUUAAUUAGAUUGAAAAUUCAAAUUGAGCAAAUUGAUGAUCAAUUGAAUAACAUGUGCACAUCAUUCAACGAAUUGUCAUCGGAUAUGAAAAAGCGAGUGACUAACCUCGAAAUAACAUCACAGAAUCAUAAAAGACGUAUUAAGCGUGAUAUUGCGGGUUAUCGUUAA